AGGGCCUACCACUAGUGGGGAAGCUCAUCCUUGCGGAAGUAAAAGCACGUUAAUGGUUUGGUUGAUGUGCUCCAAUGUAUAUAGGUGAAGACUGGAUGACGCUACAUCGAUUUACCGGUUCACUAGAAUGUACUAGGAGUCGUACUCGCGUAUCGAACAAAGGUCGAUCACGAUCAUACAUUCUCCGUGCUUGCGCAUUUGCACCGCCAAUAAGGAGGGCGUCGGCGCCUCCCCGACGGAACGUAGCACGAUGUUGAGGGAUGAAAGCCGGACGCGGGCCAUUCUCGGCGGCGUUAUUUUCUCUUCAAUGCGAGCAGAUGCUCGCUGACACCGUCGGAUAGAGUCUCUUCUCUGCGACAUUGUGGGCACGUGACGACCAUGACUUUUACCUGGCGCACGCUAUUUUCACUCCGACCGCUGUGGUUAUUUUAUUUCAUCACGAUUUUCGUGCCGCGACAUCCUGUGACGUCGCGCCGACUUCGAAAAGGAUCUACGGGUACCAUCGACGGAGACCAAGGAUUACCGCGACAAGCCGGGGACAAGAACGAGAAUGCAAAUUAUAUUGAUGCUGCUGCGGAAAGAUUAGCGCAACAAGCAGUCGAUCGUCAUCCUGCCGCGGAAGGAUUAGCGCGACAAGCUUCGGAGACUGCACCAAGCGCUCCACAAUCCGCUGAGGGCGCAGGAAAUGCGCCACAAGUCGUCGAAGGUGCAGAGAGCGCGCCACAAGCCUCGGAUCCGGAGGCAGCAAAAAGCGUUCCACAAUCCGCGGAGGCUGCACCAAGCGCGCCACAAUCUUCAGCGUCUUCACAAAACGUGGGACAAGAUAAUGACGUAAACAAAGGAGGGGAGCAAGCUACAAUCCGAGAUGACAGUCUCGAGGACUCGUCUGCGAGUCGUUCCGGUAAUGAUCCCAAUUUACGAGCCAAAAUUCAUAGGACUAAUGCUGAUAGAAGAUGCAGACUCAAAUAUUGAUAGUAAACGUGAGAUUGAAACUGAAAGUCUAUGAUAUAUCAUGUUUGUUAAAGAUGGUACCAAUCAUGGACACGGCCGACGAGGACGAGGUGAUCAUGAAAAUGAAAGAGAUUGCGAUUGGCGAGGGUGGAGGAUCUUCUUCUUCUUCUUCUUCUUCUUUCUGCUCUUUCUUUCCGCUCUAACAAUAGCGGGGCCCUCGGCGAAGAUGUGGAAAAAGACGAAAGUCAAGCGAGGAAUUUGGGAACAUUUAUUCGCUUUUGAUUCAACGAUAAGCUAUAUUUUUGUUACCCUGUGCCUGCUGCUGCUACUUGCUCUUCUCAUUUUAUGGAUUCUGAUAGUGUGCAUGGUUGGUUCCAGGAGCAGCUCUAGCGAUGAUCGAGGACACGGCCUCACAAGGAGCAAACGUAGAAUAUUCAUCAGAGAGUACUGCCAAGUAGUUAGUAACUUAACAAUUUUUUUUUCAUCAUCGAUCUAUUUCUUUUGAAAAUUCAAUGAGAAGAAGACGAACGAUUAUAUUUUUAAGGUCACUACGGGUACAACUGGUACAAUACAUAGAUUUUUCGUGAGUCUGGUAUGAUUUCAUCCCGAAUAUAUCUUGUUCUGAAUCAGGCAUAGCGAGCAGUCCACCUUGUUGUAAUUAGUUUUUUAUCCCUCUUUAUAAGAAAGUCUAAUGAAUUUAGUAGUUCUAAUAUAUCUAUCAUGUAGAUCAGCUUCAUGUUCAUUCUGACCCUUGGCCUAUUUCAAGAGCGAUACUUUAAUAUUCGAUCAUAGAAGUAGAGUAAGUAUAACUAGUCAAGUUAUGCUUGCUAUUGAGUCUAAUUCUCGGUCCAUUUGCGUAUUGUAUUUAUUGCCUCGUGAAGUCCGCCACAAUCGCGCCAGAAGAUGCCGAAGGCGGAUCGUUCCCUCUUUUACGGCUUCAUAUCGUCGCAGCCCUGGUAAACUAACCUCGAACUCGAGAGGGAUCCUCAAACCUUCCUCAAAGGAGGAAGCACGGCAAGCGUGGGGCCUCAAGAUGACGUUUCUAAAUCUCUAACAUCUCCAACAGCGGCAAGCGACGCAUUUCCGUCUGGACUAGUUCAUUAAGGUGGACGAGAGGGUUCUUGCAGGAAUACGAAUAAGUGCAACUCCUGACAACUCAUUGUCACUUGACUUGUUGUUCCUAUCGAUCAACAAUACAAGUACUUGUUCACGUAAAGGCACUGAAGUUUUGUCAAAAAUAUCUUGCAAGAGAUGAAGUUUCGAUGAUUAUUUUGUUCACAGACGCGCGGGAGCAGGAAAUAAUAUAACUACUCUCACAUCUGGUGAACAACUUUUGAUUACCAUUAUUUUGUUCAGGUCAGUCCUCGCUCAGGCUACGUUGACUUCAAAAAGUUUACCUUACCUGCCUAUGUCUUAGUAAGUAGAUGAUACUGAUGGUCCUUGAGGAGCUUGAUGUUCCACAUGAUAUUACGAUCAAGAAGUAGAUCGUAAACCACAGCUUCAAAUGCAGCCUUCGAUUGGAGGACGAAGUGAGCCGGGGACUAUGGCCGGCGCAUACUAAGGCUCAGGCUCAGAAAUUUGAUUUUAUUGCUUCAUAUUUCCUCCUCAGCUUGUGGCUUGAUCAUGGAGGUCUUUAAUAUACGAAUUGAGAACAAGAUGAAAGCACUUUUUCUACUUGCAAAUUUAUACUUUUUCUUCUAGGAUGAACUAUCGACGGAGUCGACAUCCUGAGCUCUAAGCCUGCCUCCCAAGCGAAGUACAAACUAGUAUGGCUACUUCCCAAUCUAGUAUGGUGGAGCAGCCUAGUGUAGUGUACUUCCCAAGCACACAAGUAGACACAACUUCGCAGUCAUUUUACGGCAAUGUGGUGGCAGGAAAUCCAAAAUCUGCGGCUGGUGUAGUGCCGGCGCCUGGUCCCGGAGGACCGAAAGGACCAUCGCAAUUCGGGGUAGCGCCUUCGCUACGUGUUGAAGCCCCAAGAUCUGAAGGCGAGCAAACUAGGAGUUACACGUUACGGCGCUUGCAGCUCCACAAAGUAGUAGAUGGCCAUGAAGACAUAAGUACAUAUUGUUGAUAGUAGUGAGUAGCACGUCAUAAUCAUAGAUACAGAAUAAAGACAUAAACAAGAUUCAUCCUUUCAUGUUCAUCGGCGUCUCAUCUAUUAUGCAUUAGGUUCGCCGCCGAGUCCUUGUACGCGCACGUCGUCAAAGAAGUUGAAGUUAUAAUUGAAGAUUGGGUAAAGCUAAAGAGUGUUCCUGUAGAAGUCAUCUGUGGUCCAAUGAACAAAACAGAAGGAUGACUUGAUCUUGAAAUCGGAUGGAAACUCUAAACAGAGAGCAAGGCGAAGAGAAAGUGCAAGGCGAGGUGGAGACAGGAGUCGACUUGCACGACUGGGUGGUGGAUGAUGCGACGGAAGAUGCUUACAUUCCCUCAAAAGAUGUUCAAACCGAGCGCGAGCGUUAAGGGACAAAUGAAUAUUUACCUAGUAAUUUGAUUUUGAUGCGUGACCCGUACUUUUCGACACCAUUGCUGAAUACGCUAUUUUUGCAUAACGGGUCGUAAUACUAAUAGGAAACUACACGGGUCAGUGUCAGAGGCGCAUGCUCUACAACUGUGUCAACUAGGCCGAGAAAUAUAGUAGUCAUGCAAGCAGUCUUGGGGGUUGUGAUUAGCUCUAAUAUAUUAGACCCAGUAGUUAUCGCCGCGCCACGUUCUCCGAAUCCGAUCAAGAUGUAGCUGUCGGGCACGACGAAAGCCCUCAUAAGAGCUUUAUGACUUGUAGUUCUGCUACUUCUGCAUCAUCCUGUGUACUUAGUGAGGUGCUGGCGUCAUUAUUGUAUCCUUAGAAAUGAGUACUCACGAGUGGGUUCGGGUGGCACAAGGCAUGCACCACGUGCGCCAGGAUGGUCGAGUAGCUCAAAGAAGAACUUUCUCCAUCCGGCUUUGUUCUAUCACGAACAAGACGAAGGACCACCGCAGGAUAGCGAUCAGAUGCAGGAUUCCGAUGAGCAAGUUCCGAGGAGCGCUGCUCGAUUUCGUGGCACGACGAGCAAGGAGCCGCACGAUGCGGAUCAUAUUCAUUGAUAUAGAGGAGGAACGGAAGAUGCCGGAACAUGAUCCGAAUCUCAACGAACAAGAUUACGAUUAUUAGGAACGCCUUGUACAUCAUUAAAUGUGGUAUCAAUCUUCUUUUUCUCCAUUACAGGCACUCAAAUUUCGUCAAACAACUCAACUUCAAGAAUUAUCUUCAACCAUUUCAAUAGAUACUUAUCAUGAUAUGAGCAGCAUUCAUCCCGAAGCAGCUGGAUGUCCUCUAGGAUUGUGCCAAUCCUCUUGCUGUGUCUUCAUGUUUUUCCAUCAAAGCCAGAGUUGGUAAGCAGUUGUAGUAAAAAUUUCCAAGGAAAUUAGAACUUAAGCUGAACUUUGUCUUCAUCCCUGAUCCUGCAACCGCACAGUCAGGUAUUGGCUUUCCCAAAGAACUUACUAGCUACUAGCAGUCGUGUAAGUCGUGGCAAACAAAGCACAGCAGGAGCAUGAACAACAGGUCUACAAUUUUUGACAGGUGAGACACGGAGUUACCGUUUUUAUGGACCAAAUAAAAACAAUUUAUUAACACCAGCAGCUACUCUUUGAGCACAUAAAGUAGAUGAAUAAAGAGAAGCCCGCAGGGCACUUCAACAUUCUCACCUCGAUGCCACCGACACAUAGGUGGAAGACAAAAGUCGCCUGACACAACUGCGCCGGUUAGCGCGAAGAUGUCUUCGAUUUCGGUGUGAGUCAAUAGGAGGAG